AUGUUGACGAAAAUCUGCAUCCGUCACCAUAAACGCGUAUCUCAGUCUCCACCAACUCCGACUCUGUACUUGUUUGCCCCUCGUUGCACCACCAUCCGAGCCCACGGUGCUACACGGAUCUCUGAGACCCCGUGGGCCCUUCCAGGCCUGCAUGCACACGUUAGGCUUCAUAAAGACCUGGUCAGUACCUCCACCCUACUCCGUGUUGGUGUCUUGGCAGUAUCUCUAGCGACGUCCACCAUAUCGCUCUCCACGGCGGGCACGGCGGGGAAGCGAGUCGCUUCUUUCUUGCAUAUGCUCUUCCGCGCCUUUCCAGAAAUUCGAGCUCUUGAACUUACUCGUACACGUCAUUUCCAAAUACCUGCCGUCUUCUGGCAGCCUUCCAGAAGAUCAUAUCCUCAGUUUUCUCCCUCCUAUCAACCUUCUGCACUUCUUAAGCUCCCAGAGGACGUCAAAAGGGGACGCCGAAGUCGAAGACCAGGUACAAGGAAAGUUGUAGUCUUCCUGACGGUCUCGAUGAAUCCGAAUAGAUCGUCGGCGGCGGCUGGGUGGUGUCUCUCGGGAUUCCCUCACAAGCCACUCUCGGUGGAUUUCUCGAACGUGGUCACUUGGAAUCGAGGCUUCUCCCUGCCUCCCAAUAACAUCGAUAGCACUCCGCUUACGACCCAUAAACAAGGGAGGCAGCAGAGACGAAUAUGUCAUACUUUCGGUGUCGACUCACUGAUUUCUUCGACGGCUGUGCGGCGAAGUGCACGAGGGCUCGAACAGACAGAAGUGUCGGUAUGCUGGUGCAAGACGUUGCGUCGGAGAUCACUUUACUUGGCUGCGGCAUCGCUCUCUUCACCCUGUGACCCUCCCAUAUUUUUAAGGUUUGGAGGAAACGCCGUCGAUGGAGAUGAGACCUCGGUUUUCUCACAUGCAGCAUCAAAGAGGAGGGUAUGCGAGUUGUGGGUCCGUCGCCGCUAUGAGUAUCACAUAUUCAGAGAGGUGAGAGGCAAACACACAGCCACUUUGGCACCUGCGUCCUUCAACUUCAUCUCCGGUCCUCCGCAACCAGCUCUGUCACCCUGGGCCCGGGGCAAGACCAACAAGAAGGAAAGUUCUCGACUUUCUCACGACAAUACCCUUUUACUCUGGGGUGUUCUGUACUUAUCUUUUCUCACAGCAGCCGUACUACCGACAUUUCAGCGCCAUGUGAUGAACACUCUUUCAAUAUCUAUGUCCGAGCCCAAAACGCCGAUGCAUCCAUCUCUUUCGGGGCCGCCUGACGUGAACCGCGAGCCGGACGAUCGGCCUACGGCAUGGAAAUUAUCCCAAAGUCCGUUAUUGCCUUCGAGACUUGAAGACGAAUACUUCAAGGGUGCACUGAAGAUGAUAACAAAGCCAGACUCUCCGUAUCACCAAGCCGUCCUAGCUUCCUUGUUUAAGCAACCUCCUCGACCGGUCCGAAGCUUUCUAUACGAUCAUAAAGCUGAUCUACCAGAACAUGCCUCGCUGAACGGGAUGGUUCAAAAUUAUCUCACUGCAGUAUUUAGGCUACGCGGGGCGGUUGAUAUGGAACCUCAGUUGUUGAUGUCGAUUACAUCGACGGGGGAUAAUAAAGACCACGCAGUCUUUAUUAACCGAUGCGGAGAUAUUGUGAAGUUACCAUCUAGUCUUCUUGUUACGUUUGCAAGGCUUGUGGCUCGCGGAGGUAUCACAAGGAUCAAACGCUUCCAUAAUGCCGAUGUGUAUCGCCUUCAAGCUGUAGCUGGUCAUCCAAGACCUCAUAAAGCCGCUGCAUUCGACAUCAUUACGCUUGUUCUGACAUCAGGACCGGUGGCUGCAGGAGCUGAAAUCCUUGCUGUUGCAGAUAAUUUCCUUGACACUUUCCCUGAUCUUGCCCAGAUGUAUGAGAUUCAUGUUUCUUAUCUGAGCUUGGUCGACGCGGUCUUGGGUCGCUUACCUGCUGAGCAUAAGAGCGCGAUUGUUGAAAUCCUCAAUCAGCCAAAGUCAUCGUCGUUUCAGAAGAGGUCACUGUUCUUGAAGAAGGGACUUCUGAGAAACACUGCCGAUGAGCUGGAAACGAGGAUGUGGAACCGCUUCUUCAUGAAACUUGAUAAGCUCUCGUCGCCUCCCCUGGAUAUGAUACGGCCAGCAAUCGAAGAAAUCAAGACUGCUGUGAAGACUGCUUCUCUCGCCACUCUUGCCGCGAGACGUCCAGCAACUGCAUACACGAGAAGCAGAAGAAGAUACAAAGAGGAUCAUGAAGGAGAUCGUGCCCAAGGACCACCGAAUACGUCUACCUUCCCUGUAUCCAUUCAUACGAACAUCUGCAUCCAGGUCCAUAUUCACUACUUCACCGCCACUUUCGGCCUCCGCCUCCGCCUCCUCGACCACUUUCCGAACCUCCACAUCGGCAUGACAGGUGUCGUCUGCUACGCAUCAAACUCCAACACUGCCGAGCUUCUCAAGCAGAUGGCGGCCACCGAUAACAAGCGGAUCCUGCUAGAGACUGGCGCGCCGUUUAUGGUCCCGGCCAACGUGUACGGCGCACUGGAGCCCAAGCAGUCGAGGUUGCCGUUCUCCCACUCGCUGAUGAUACCCUGGACGGCAGAGUUUGCGGCAGACGUUAUGGGUGAGGGGUGGGGGUGGGAUAAGGAGCGGGUGUUAAAUGUGUCGAGGGAGGGCGCUAGGAUGAUCCCGCCAAACACAUCUCCAUCGCGCCUACUCAAAAAGACAUCCACCCUGACUUCAAGUCCUGAGCUUGCUCGCGUCUUGGAGGAUGACAGUGACAUUGAAGAGGCGCACUGCUCGAUUGGGAGACGAGAGACCACGCCGAUUCCAGAUGUUUCUGUGAAUGCCGGAGGUCAGUACCUCGCUUUCGUCCCUGUGCACGAGGAGCAAAGAACGGGAAAACGCAUCGUCUACAAUAAAGUGCUCACACCAGACCAGGACUCGCUCAGCGAGCCAGUCCUCGACCUUAUCCGUGGGUACAUCAAGGAUCUAAGCGCCGAUGGGAACCUCGAGUUCAUUUUGAUGGCUUUGAUCAAUUGCGAGCCCACUGAUAAAGUCGAUAUCAUAAACGCUUGGGUCCUGCACAUGCUGAAGGCAAAGUUGCCACCGUUGCCACGGAAAUUCUGCAACAUCAAGGAUAAUCGCCGGGAUAAGAACAUAUCCGGACAGAAUCGCUUGCAUUCGACUAUGCUUUCUAUCGCUAAUGGCUUCUGCGAAACCAGAAACCCAUGA